GAGAAUCUCUCCUGUCUACAGCUGAAACAUGGCGGGAUGCCAGCUGGAUGAAGUAAUUGACCUCGUCAAAAGGGAUACUGUUCCAAAUGAGGCGUGGAUUCCAGUACAAGAUUGUCCUAAGGCGACAUUUGAUUGUGAAGAAGAAGAAGAUGAAGCCAAGACCACGCUUGGCGAAGAACAUGAAAAUCACGAACAUUAUCUGCAUUGUGGAGCAGUAGUUGCCGGGGCAAGGGCGACUGUCUGGGCGAAGAUAGUUCGCAAAAAGAAGCUAAUUUGCAUCACAGGUUCACUGGUGCUCUUGACAGCCUAUGCCGUAUAUUUGGGAUUCUGCAUGAGGUUUUCUUUCGGAGAUGAAGGAUCUCUGCGACUGCUGCUUGGAACUGUCUUUUUGCUUUUCAUCUAUACGAAAAUAAAGUUUGGAGCUCAGGCGCGAGAUGCCCUCCUUCCAAAGAUAAAGAGGAUUAAAAACCUUGGCGUCGAUAAGCAGAAUAAUACGAUGGUUCCUGUAUGUAGCCCUGGUAGUGUUCAUCGCCGUCUACUUGACAACCAGCAACCUCACCGCUGACAACUUCGUGUCCCUAGCUGGUCUCAUAUUCUUCAUUCUAUUAGGAUAUCUGAUAUCGGAACAUCCAGCCAGGGUGAAUUGGCAUUCGGUGUUCUGGGGAAUCGGUACUCAGUUUUUGUUUGCCUUGCUGAUACUGAGAACCAAUUUUGGCUAUGAAAUCUUCCGAUGGCUUGGAGAGAGGAUAGAAGAAUCCCUGGAGCAUACAGACAAAGGCUCGGAAUUUGUUUUUGGAAAGAGUUACAGAGAUCACAUGUUUGCAUUUAGGAUCAUGCCAUUAGUGAUGAUGUUUUGCUCCACUAUAAACGUGCUAUACUACUACGGGAUUCUUCAAGCGUUUGUGGCCAAUUUGGGUUGGUUCCUUACCUUCUGCCUUGGGACAAGUCCAGUGGAAUCCGUCAACACAGCCCUUAACAUAGUCUUUGGACCAGCGGAAUCUCCUAUUGCGAUCAAACCAUUCCUGCCGUUGUUGACUCCGUCUGAGCUGCAUGCUGUGAUGGCGGCAGGAUUUGCGAGUAUUGCAGGUUCUGUCUUCGGAAUGCUUACAUCCUUCGGGGCUCCAGCCAAUCAUCUACUGGCCGCUAGCGUUAUGUCCGCCCCUGCUGCCCUGGCCAUGUCCAAACUGAUCGUCCCGGAAACGCAGUGGACCAAGAUUAAACCCAGAGACGCAUACAACAUCCCAGUCCCAAAAUUCAACAAUAUUUUGGAAGCUGUAUCGGAUGGUGCCAGAGAGUCUCUACCAAUUGUGGCAAGUGUGAUCGCUAACCAGAUCAUCUACAUCGCUAUCGUUGAGUUUGUGGAUUCGACACUCAUUUGGUUCGGCAACAGAGUUGGAGUGUCAGGAGUGUCGUUUGCGUUCCUGUGCUCAUACGGUUUUUACCCUCUAGUAUAUCUCAUGGGCUUUUCGAGUUCAGACCUCCUGAAGAUUGGUGAGCUGUUAGGAGUUAAGACAUUUGCGAAUUCCUACUAUGGCUACCAUCUGUUCGGGAAACUCAUCAAGAACCGCGUGGUGCUUGAACACUACGUGACGACCACCAACGGAACGUGGCAUUGGGACUCAAGUGACGUCAUACUGGACUGGACCAAUAAGACACUUCCUGGUGGGAUACUGACGAAACGAUCGGAGGUGAUAGGAACAUACGCGUUCUGUGGACAGAACCACCUCGCAGCUCUCGGAGUCGCCAUUGGUGUCUUCAGUACUCUGAUUCCAGAGAGAAAACGCACCAUUACCAAGUACAUCAUCCGUGCUAACAUUACAGGGCAGUUAGCAUGCUACAUGACCGCUUGUAUUGCAGGUAUGCUGUAUGACGAGACGCUAACCUAACAGGGGAGGAUUUAAGGCCAGCUUUAGAAGCAGGUUCCAAGCAAGGUUCCAAGCAUCAACUCGCAGUCUCGUUAUUGUCAGCCGAAGAAAAAAACUGAUUGUUAUCACACGCGUUACCAAUUUACAGUGGAUCUAAAUGAAUAAAGAACUGAGAUAAUAAAUAGUUGUGUUCCUUGGAUUAAACUCCUUUGCAUACGCGCCUAGAGAAGCUGUUGAUAUGUUGAUGGGGCGUGUUCUGUUUGUUAACAUUUAUUUAUUAAACGUAAUUUACGUUUAUAGACUAGUAUUAUAUCUGUCUGAUGAUACUUUAUAAUGUCACAAUACAUGAAUUUUAAAGAUUGGUGGUACGUUAAAAUGAAACCCUUUUCCUCUACAUUCCCAGGAUUGCAUCUAACUAAACGUUUAAACAUGGUUUACACUACGACUUGAGACACUGUAAAGUUGUAUUUAGAUAGGAAAUUGUUUGUGGGUAUGUACAUAUGCUAUGAUACGUUUGUGUCGGUUAUGUGGCUGUUGACAGGUGAGAUACAAAAACGUUUUGUUCCUAUAUGUAGGAUUAAACUCCUUAACACA